UUCUUCGCAUCUCUAUCGGUGCAGCGGAGAUUCACGUUCACAUUCCCGGCCGGCCCAAGAAACACAAGAAUAACUUUACACAGUUUGCAAAAAACUAUAUAACCCCACUCUUGAAAAAAAGAAAAGAAACAAAGGGGCCGAACUUAAAAUUUGAUAUAAAUAAAGCGGACGUUAAGUUGGCUGCAUAUUUCCUCGCAACAUUUUCGCAGCGGUGCAAAAAAUAUCGCGCUGGAGAGACUUGUUGCUCGCGCGUCUUUGGCGUUUACUCGCGAGCUUCUGUUGAAAUACUCGAUUCACCCUAGUCUGCUCCAGGCUUCGGCUUGGAGGUCUCAACCGCCAUCAUUGAUCCCAGCAGUUGGAGUGGCAGUGAAAGCUCUGCCGAGGACAUCGAGAGGAUGAGCGACUCUGCGGACAAGCCCAUUGACAAUGACGCUGAGGGGGUGUGGAGCCCUGACAUCGAGCAGAGCUUCCAGGAGGCGCUGGCCAUCUACCCACCCUGUGGACGCCGCAAAAUUAUCCUCUCGGAUGAGGGCAAGAUGUAUGGUCGCAAUGAGCUGAUAGCCAGAUAUAUUAAACUCAGAACUGGGAAGACGAGGACAAGGAAGCAGGUGUCUAGUCACAUACAGGUCUUAGCAAGAAAGAAAGUUCGAGAAAUCCAAGCUGCCAUCAAGGUAUCUAGUCACAUUCAGGUUCUUGCCAGAAGGAAAUCUCGUGAGUUUCAUUCCAAGCUAAAGGUGACGAGCAUGGAUCAAAGUGUGAAGGACAAAGCUCUCCAGAGCAUGGCUUCCAUGUCUUCAGCCCAGAUCGUCUCUGCCACAGCCAUCCACAACAAGCUGGGUCUUCCGGGCAUCCCACGUCCUGCCUUCCCUGGAGCAGCAGGGUUUUGGCAGGGCAUGAUAUCUACGGGCCAGCCUGGAUCCUCGCAAGACAUCAAACCAUUUGCUCAGCAAGCAUACGCUAUCCAGCCAGCAGUAACAACUACAAUUUCAACUUAUGAGCCUGCAGCACCACCAGCACACACAUUUCCUGCCUGGCAGGGCCGAUCUGUCGGCACAUCGAAACUCAGACUGGUGGAGUUCUCCGCCUUUCUGGAGCACCAGAGAGAUCCAGAUUCUUAUAACAAGCAUCUUUUCGUGCACAUCGGUCAGACAAAUCACUCAUACAAUGAUGCCUUGCUCGAGUCGGUGGACAUUCGUCAGAUUUACGAUAAAUUCCCAGAGAAGAAAGGAGGACUAAAGGAACUGUUUGGCAAGGGUCCUCAGAAUUCCUUCUUCCUUAUAAAGUUCUGGGCUGACUUGAACUGCAACAUUCAAGAUGAAACGGGGGCUUUCUAUGGAGUAACCAGUCUGUACGAGAGUCCGGAAAACAUGACCAUCACCUGCUCCACAAAGGUUUGCUCAUUCGGCAAACAGGUUGUGGAGAAAGUGGAGACAGAGUAUGCUCGCUUCGAGAACGGACGCUUUGUCUACAGGAUAAGCCGAUCUCCCAUGUGCGAAUACAUGAUAAACUUCAUCCACAAACUCAAACACCUGCCUGAGAAAUACAUGAUGAAUAGUGUCCUGGAGAACUUUACCAUCUUGUUGGUGGUCACAAACAGAGACACACAGGAGACCCUGCUGUGCAUGGCCUGUGUGUUCGAGGUGUCAAACAGUGAACACGGAGCCCAGCAUCACAUCUACAGACUCGUGAAGGAAUGAAGCCAUUCUUUCACAAAGACUCUCAACCUCAGUACAGUGGCAGUGCCUCUCGCUUAACACUUACUCAAGAUGAUUUUCCCACACAUUUGGGUGACGCAUAUAAUUAUAUAUUUUUUCUUUAUUAAUAUGUGUUUGACGUAUAACUGCAGCUGUGAAUCUCGGUACAGUUGUAUUAUGCUUUAAUACGGGAAAGAAUGUCAACGUUAAUUUCAUAGGCUGUACAUAUAAAAUGACAGUAUCAUUUGAAUUUAAGCAUGGGUUGAUUUAGAUUGAAUCUAAAAAACAACCUCAUUUUGAUUUUUAUCCUGUAAUGUACACGAAAAGAUAACAUAUUAGUCUCCUGUCCAUGUUUUAUGUCUGUCAUUUGUAUGAAAGCGUAUGGGUGUAGCCAUAAAUGUGUGUGAUGUAGGUGUACAAAUGUGUAUAUACAUUCUCACAUACUUGUAGGUUUUCCCAAAGAAAAGGUAUUGAGAAAUUUCAUUCUAGAACAUUGAUUUUUAUUUUAUUUGAAUGAACGCUACUGUAGAUGAAAAAGAGAACAUUCUUGUGGCCAUCGGAAAACAACAUUUCCUGCAUUCAGAACAUCCAGAUAAUUCAGGGAAUUCAGAAGUCCAGCCAUUGAAAAGAGUUGUUUUGUGCACGUUCCUUUAUUCCUUUUCAUUGACAUCCAGAGCAAUUACUGCACUGUGAUAACAGAAGUUUAUAGCAACCUGUGUCUGUUUUCACUUACGUCAUCGCCUGCAAUAAGAAAAUGCAGAAAAUCAACCCCCUUACUGUUUCCUGUACAGUUAAAUGUCUUCUGCCAACAUGCUUGUGUAAAAAGUUAAACAAGAAGCAUUGCAUUAACUAACAGGGGAUGAUGGAUUAUCUAUCGACUUAACCCGAGCACUUGGAUCCCCUUGUUGGACUUGCCUUAGAGCGUAAACUCCCACAGAUUUCCCCUCCAAUUUGGGACACAAUUGUUCCACAGACGCGCCGAGGAGGCCACACUUCACGAAGCCCAUCCCUGAACAUGCUUGUACUCUAUGGAGGUCUCCAUCUUUAAUACAGAUUUAGUUAUGGAAUCAAUCCUGCUGCCUUUGACAUACCCACACAGCCCAUGUCUCAGUGGCCUAAUCGUUUUCUACGACUGCAAAGCCUUAAUAAUAGUUGUAUGAACUCCAAAAGAUGCCACUAAAGCUGUGACCUCUUUCCUAAGCUGGAAGACUUUCUUAUCAUCACAUGUUGUAGGAAUUGUACAGUACAAAACUGCCAAAGUGUAACAAUAUACAGCACAGUGCCUUAGUGUAUGAAGUGAACACAGAAGAGCAUCAUUAUUUAAAUUCUAUAGUAUGUGUCAUCAUAAUUAAAGAGCACUGGCCAAUGUGCACAUUUGGUCUACCUUUAAGUUUUUCUUGCUGAAGUCUCAGUGAUGUAAAACAUAAUUAAGACAUGCAUAACUAUCCCAUCUUGCCUUUCUUAUCCGUAAAAAGACCAAAAAGUGUAAGGAGAUGCAUUUAUCUCCUCUUUAUUUCCUGCACUGUAGCAUGAAAGUGCCUUUGGUUUAGAUUUUUCCAGCUUAGAAAAGACUUAAAGGGAUAGUUCACCCAAAAAUGAAAAUUCUCUCAUCAUUUACUCACUCUCAUGCCGUCUCAAACUCGCAUGAAUUUCUUUCCUCUGCGGAACAAAAAUGAGGAUUUUUUUAAAGGAUGCUUAAUGUGUUUAUGUCG